AUGGCGGAUAAAAAUAACAAUGAUCAUAUGAUAGAAGAUGUGAUAAUUGAGAUUCUCUCGAGGCUGCCAGGGAAAUCACUUAUGCGAUUGAGGUGUGUUUGCAAAUAUUGGUCCACUCUGAUUAGAAACUCUAGUUUCAUUUCCAGGCAUUUCCACCACCAUAGCAACAAUGGUCAUCUCUUUGUUCAACAUUACGAUUAUAGCACCAAAAAAUAUACUUUUGCCUUGUUCCCAGAUGUAACGCUGGCGAACCCAUGGGUUGAAUAUCACAAUCUUGGUGAUCUUCAAAUGCCCACUGAACCAGGUUUUCUUGGCAUCUUACAUGGCAUUAUUGGUCUUUGGGAUUGGUAUCGCAUAGUUCUGUGGAACCCUGCUAUUAGAGAAUUUAGGGUGGUUCCUAUACCAAAUCCCAACAUUCCACCUUUUUCUUCCAUCCAACGACGUCUUUCAGGAUUUGGAUAUGAUCCCAUCACCAACAACUACAAGGUUGUACGGAUUUUGGGAUAUGGGGAGCAUAACUGUGAAUUACAACUUCAUUGGCUUGUUGAAGUAUAUAACCUAUAUGCUAAUUCUUGGAGAAUUUUUGAGGUUGAUUUUCCGGUGACUUGUGAGGAGCAUAAUUCUUUAACUAACACAUAUAUGAAUGGAAUUUAUUAUUGGAUGACCACCACUAAUGAUGACCUUGUAUUGAUCAUUACGUUUGACAUGGAUAAAGAGAUUUUGGGGGAUAUACCAGGACCUCCACUUCCCAACAACUAUUAUUAUGGGGAUAUAGUCUUGCACAAUAAUUCUAUCACUUUGAUUCAUUGGGAUAUCGAAGAUGCAAAUGAGAGAUUCUAUGGCAUAUGGGUGAUGAAAGAGAAGGGAUUUUGGACCAAAGAAUUAACCAUUGGACCUCUUCUAGGUUUUGGAAGAAUGGUGAUGUAUUCCUAG